UAGGAGUAGUCAUGGUUCGAUCAUGACGCGAUUUCCACGCAAAAGGAGGCGUUGUCCAACCGGCGGGUUCAUUCUUACAUUAAACCGGGGAAUGAGAUCGCACGACCCGUCCUUUUAACUUUACUUUGACGGCAUUCUUUUAUUCUUGUGUGGUUUUAGCUCAGAGUUUUAAUAUUAUUUUAUCAACAUGAUCAAGAACGGUCACCACACAUCGAAUGAGCAGGGGAUAGAGAGCGGUGCUACGCAGGGAGACUUGGCUUGCAGCCCAGAGAAGAGGAAACGCUCUGUCCGGGUGUGGUGUGAUGGGUGUUAUGACAUGGUGCACUACGGCCACUCCAACCAGCUGAGACAGGCUAAGGCCAUGGGAGAUUACCUCAUCGUUGGAGUACAUACAGAUGAAGAGAUCUCGAAGCACAAGGGUCCUCCUGUCUUCACCCAGGCAGAGAGGUAUAAGAUGGUGCGGGCUAUCAAGUGGGUGGAUGAGAUCGUAGAGGGUGCUCCCUAUGUCACCACCCUGGACACACUGGACAAAUACAACAGUGACUUCUGCAUCCACGGAGAUGACAUCACUCUGACGGUGGACGGUAAGGACACGUAUGCGGAGGUGAAGAGAGAGGGCCGGUACCGGGAGUGUAGACGCACCCAGGGGGUCUCCACCACAGACCUGGUGGGCCGCAUGCUGCUCAUGACUAAAACCCACCACAGUAAUAACAUUGACAACUCAGACUACCAGCAGCACACGGACAACUUUGGGAAGGGUCCUAAGGGCCACAGUCCAUGGACAGGAGUGUCCCAGUUCCUCCAGACUUCCCAGAAGAUCAUCCAGUUUGCCUCAGGACAGGAGGCCCAACCUGGGGACACCAUCAUCUACGUAGCCGGGGCCUUCGACCUCUUCCACAUUGGUCAUGUUGACUUCCUGGAGACGGUCUACAAACAGGCUGAGAGGCCUUACGUCAUCGUGGGACUGCACUUUGACCAGGAAGUGAAUCGCUACAAAGGGAAAAACUACCCAAUCAUGAACAUCCACGAGAGAACCCUGAGUGUCCUGGCCUGCAGGUAUGUAUCAGAGGUGGUGAUUGGGGCUCCCUACGCUGUGGGUAAAGAUCUGCUGGACCACUUCAAGGUGGACCUGGUGUGUCAUGGGAAGACAGAGGUGUUUCCUGACAGGGACACUGCAGACCCUUAUGCUGAGGCUAAGAAGAGAGGUAUCUUCCGUACAGUAGACAGUGGUAACGGUUUGACCACCGAUGACAUCGUACAGAGAAUCAUCAAGAACCGGCUGCAGUUUGAGGCAAGGAACCAGAAGAAGGAGGCCAAGGAGAUUGCGGUGUUUGAGGCGAUGAAACGCCAGGCAGAGGGAGAGCAGGCCGGGGACACGGCCCAGGCAGCACAGUAACCAGAUCAAACUAGUUCAAACCAGACCCAGCUGUCACAAAACUGAUCCUAACCCAGCAUUUCCCAAACUAGAGAAACUCUGAAAUAACUUUUUUUUAAAUUGCGUUUGGUUCAUAGAACUGGGGUUAUGUCAGUAACCUCCGGUAGCUGCUAGAUGCCGUUGUAAUAAUGAGAGCGGUUUUGGUUUUCUUUCUUCCUAUCUUUUGAACGGUUUAAUCUACGGUUUCUCUCUACAAUGCCCAGAAGCCUCAGAACAGAGUGGACAAGACCAGGCACUAAAAUCAGACUGGAGGAAAAAUAACAAUCAAUGGUUUUAUUUUCCACUCAGAAGAUCAAACUAAAUGAUUGCCUGAUGAUCUUCUCUACUUCCCAAUACCUUUCUGAUGCAUUUGUCACUUCAAACAAUCCUUCAUAUUGAAACACCGUCAAAUGUACUGUCAACUGAUUUGUGAUAGACGGUCAUAGUCCCAGUUUAAGAACCAAACAUUGGCUGUUGAUUUCAUCACCUUUUUUUAAAAUAACAAAAUGGGGUCGCAGAACAAACAAGUUUGGGAACCUCUGUCCUAACCAGUUCAAAAUGGUUCAAACACGACCCAAACAGGGUCCGACUGAACCGAGCCAGCCCAAACCAGUCUAGUCCUACUACUUAUACUGUAUACACAUCCUUUAGAGAAGCAUUGCCUGCUAACCUGUCCUAGACCGGCUUUACCCCCCCAGUCCACAACGGGCCAAACUCAUUCCACCGACUGCCGAGUGUCUGCGGGUUUUCACUCCCUUGUACUUGAUGAAUUAAGGUCACUAGUUAGUAAGGAACUCUCCUCACCUGGUUGUCUAGAUCUUAACUGAAAGGACAAACCAGCAGACACUAGGCCCUCCAUGGAAUGAGUUUCCACCUGACCCAAACCGGAUCAGACCAGAUCAAACUGCAGAACCAGACUCAAACCAAGACACCUCCUCACCUUCACCAGCUAAGGAGAACACAAAAAUAACCCUCUCCCCCUGUCAGUGGAGGCUGCUGAGGGGAGGAUGGCCCAUAAUAAUGUCUGGAAUAGCUGUAAUGGAGUGUGUUAAAUCUUAUCACACUUUCAGGCAGAAAGAAAGAUGGAGAAAAUAAUCCAAAGUUUGACUGUGAUGAAAAAGAGAACAUUGUGAAGAAGAGAGAAAAGUCUAUGUAGUUGUGUGUGUACUGUAUAUUUAGUAGUGCCUUCUAGUCUGAUCUACCAAAUGGCACACUAUUCCCUAUGGACCCUGGUCAAACGGCCGCUGACCCCGGCCCUCCGGUUAUGGCCGCUGACCCCGGCCCUGUGGUUACGGCCGCUGACCCCGGCCCUGCGGUUACGGCCGCUGACCCCGGCCCUGCGGUUACGGCCGCUGACCCCGGCCCUGCGGUUACGGCCGCUGACCCCGGCCCUGCGGUUACGGCCGCUGACCCCGGCCCUGCGGUUACGGCCGCUGACCCCGGCCCUGCGGUUACGGCCGCUGACCCCAGCACACAUACAUGCCAGAGUUGACAUACCUGCUCAGCCUGAAGUGUCCCCACUUGCGCCGUCGAAUAACUGUCUGCUCUGUGGCGUGACCGGUACGACUCUUCACGUGGGUGGCUUGUGGCGUGACCGGUACGACUCUUCACGUGAGUGGUCACGUGUGUUUGAGGCAGACGUCUUGGGUUCGCGCCUCGCUAGGAGCCGACAGGCGGAAGGUGGUGCUCUUUAAGCAAGCAGCAUGACCUCCUUCACAUGGCUAUGGGUUGGAAUCCGGCCCACUAUCUCAUCAAUAAACAGUGGACUAUAUAGGGAAUAGGAUGCCAUUUGAUGCACCCCUCUGUCUUGUAUGGAACAGGAUGAUUCAGGACUCUGUCAUGUUUUCUUUUCUUCUUUCUAAUGUGUUUAUGUGGAUAAUUCAUUUAGAACAUUUUUUAGAGAGGUAUGGACAAUGAAUGGGGGAGUCAAGUGUGUGUGUGUGUAUGCAUGAGAGACUGUUUUAAAGGGAGUGUGUGCGAAUGAAAAAUGAAUAACAAAACAAAUGGGCAUGUAUAUUGUAUGGCUCUACCCCUCUAAAGUUGCUCUGUAAAUCUGUCAAUUAAUUGUCCGGUAAUGACAAGAAAAUACAAAAUACUGUACCCAUUAUUUUCUGAGGUUGAGCCUCUUUGUAGUUGUUCAAUAGUCCAUAAUAUCUGACAUGAAGUGGAAACCUGAAAAGGUUAACAUUAUUUACCUACUAAGCUGAAAAAAUUGUCUGAUUAGUAAAAUAGUGUAAACACACAUUUGCUUACCACUAAUGUCUGUAAUGAUAGUUUCAGAAGAGUACUUUUCCCUAUAAUGGUCGUCACCCAUCCUACUCACCCAUCCUACUCACCCAUCUUACAAACGUAUAUAUUUCCACACUGAGGUUGAAAUGACACUGAAAUUAUGAUAAUGUCCUUUUUAGUGAAAAAGUGCUGGAAAUUUCAGCCUGUUCAGGUGGGAUGGAGUUUUUGGCCGACAGCAAAUCAAAUAUUAUUAGUCAUUUAUUUUCCCCCCGAAUACAACAGGUGCAGAUCUUACAGUGAAAUGCUUACAAGCCCUUAACCAACAAUGCAGUUUAUGAAAAAUAAGUGUUAAAGUAGUUAGUCAAAUAAACUGUAAGGGGAAGCAUGACAUCACAA